UCCUGUGCUGUAUGAGUCUAUGACUAUUAUCAGUCUUCAAAGAUUCUGCAUGGAUAUGGCCUCUUAUUAAGUGCCCUUCUCCUUUCCUGCUCUUGAAUCUCUUACGGCAUUUCAUCUUAUCUUCUGCGCCGCUUAUUCCUAUAUUAUGCUAUUUUGUAGGAUGUGUUUAAUAAUAACAGGAGUGAGUGGAGGAGUAUUGGCCUAUUCUGGAGGUGCACCACUCCUGUAGACGGCAGGAACAGAGUCAGGAACGCUGCUCACACCCUGACUAUCAUGGCACCAGGCAGGAGAAAUCAAUCAGCAACUCAGCCAGAAAGUAGUUGGCAAUUUCUUUAAAUAGGUCCGGGAGGGGGAUCCUUGUUGCAGUUGUGUGAGGCCAAGAGGGGGCAUAAGCGGGAGCACUGAGCUGUGAAAUAUCACUCUGCUAUCAAGUCGUCAUUGAUGGUAAUAGAUGUCACAACCUACGCACUCUAACGGACUCUGGGCUAAUGCCUUCACAGGUGAUGAGUUUGAUGCACCUCAAAUCACUGUGUGGAUCUGAUGCAUUUUCUAAACCAAUUUGGCACCGGGGACCCUAAAGAUUCACAUGGCUGAUCCAGGCGCCAUUUUCCUUUUAGGGCUAUUUCCUGCCACUGACUUCCUAGCAGCACUAUUCCUUUUGACGUUUUGCUUGUAACAUGGUUUAAGUGAAAGCUCUUUAUCUUAUCCUCUGCCACGCAGCACAUUCCACGUUUUAAAGGCAAUAACAUUCUCCGGGACUAAUCUAUGACUCUACUGGGUAUUCAAAUCCGCAAUGACUUCUCUGGUUUAACAAGAAGCAGGGUUACAGGGGGCAGGGUAAGUAAACUUUGACAUUAACUCUCCCCUAAAGACAACAUUGCAGAGCUUGUUGCGUUUAAUUUCAUUUGGAGGCACUGAUGGAAAAGUGUCAACACUCUUUCCCUUUGGGAUUGAUAAACAGCUCAGCUGGGAAUGUGGUGAGCUUGUCAGCUCAGCUUUCCUGCCCUUCUCUUGUUCCUUGUUGGGGCCGCCCCUUGGUGUCCACAACUAGCUGUUUAGUGCACAGAUAUUUGCUAUUUUGUGACCAGUGCUCAUCAAAAUGUUUGUACAGCAGAAAAUUGAUACCUCCCUCUGUGCCAGAGACAAGUAAAUGGUGCCAAUCUCUGGUAUGCAUGCAGUGUAGUCAGUAUUGAACGCAGCAGUCAGUGUUCUCUGCACUUUCAAACGAGAGAGAGCUCUCACGCUUCUGCUUGAAGUCAGUCAGGAGUCAUGGCAGAGGUGAAUGCUGCUUCGGAAAACACAACCGGCUUGGAAGUUCUGCUAUCAACACUCAAGAAUUCCCAUGAUAUGAAAAGUACGCUCAGCAUCUUGCAAAUCCUGGAUGCACUGCUGUCAGCGGGUACAGUCAAGCGGGUCAGUUACCUGAUCACGAAGGGGGGCAGCGAGGCGUUGCUACACACGCUGGUGAACGUGACACAAGUACUUCCACUGGAUUAUGACGUCAUCUUACCUUUAAUCUAUUUAAUCGUCAAAGUUGGACAAAGAGAUAAGAGGUUUGGACAAAAAGCUCAAGAAAUUGGAGCCUUAAGUGAGAUCCUGAACAUAACGAAGUGUAGUCUACCCCAAGCCAAGUACGUCACUCCCUGUUUGUGGAUCAUCAAGAUCUGUGCCUCUAGUGUCACAGCAGGUGCUGCGAUGGGUAAGAGUGGGAUCACCAGGUUUGUGCUAAACCUGCUCUCUCCCUACACGACUACGAACACAAAGGCUAUAAGAGCUGCCACAGAAGCUCUUUCAUCCUUACUGAAGUCGAAAUGGAACAGCAGGCGAGCUGCGGACAGUGGCUACAUCCACCGGCUCUUGAAACUAUAUGAGGACUGGCAUCAGCGAGACACAGCAGACCACUAUGUUCUUAUCCAGCGGGCUCUGCUCAAAUGCAUCAACAACAUCACCAUUCUCCGCAAGGGAAAGAAAUCCUUUCUCGAGGCUGAUGGGAUGAGAGUCCUGCUCAAAGCCUCACGGGCUUGUGGCUCCAGCCCAGACCUACAACCAGUUAUCAAGUUAACUACACAAAUUAUGCGGAAGUGUCAUCCAAAACAACACCUGCCUUUGUCCAAGCUGCAAAGCUGCUAUUCAUUUGUAUCACCAAACGCAGCCCACUCCCAGUUGCUGGUGGGUCCCAGCGACACUGUGCAAGAGGAUGUCACAGCUGAAGAAAAUGAAGACCAGGAUGAUGAUGACGAUCUGAAUGAGAAUGAGGAACCUGGGUGCAGUGAAGAUGAAGAUGAUCUAGAGACAGAUCUAUCAAGACUGAAGCCCAACCCUGAGCUCGAUAGACCUGUGGAGGAGUUGAAACAGUAUGAACAACUUUGUCCAGAACUUGUUGGAUAUUUUCAGGAUUCAGACCUGGAUGACCAAAGUUUCCAAGAUGAGGAUGCACUGUGUUCCAUGGUCUUCACACCAUCAGGUCCCCUACAUCAGGAGGACUCCAGAGUGUGGCACAGAGAUGGUUUUGGGGAAGGUUCACCAAAGCCGCACAAUCCGUUUAGAAACAGAACUCAUCGAACAUCUGCAUCCGCAUCUGGCAUUGGGGGGGAAGGUGGACCCAAAGGAUUGCCAAAGAAUCAUUUCACAGACCCAACUAAAUCCAGUAUCACGAACCAUUCAAAGGAUAAAAUGAACCAAAUGCAUUUGAACAUUCAGAAGGGUGGUGCUGACUUGUUGAGAAUAAAUCCAGCUUUACACAGCCCACACGUACACAGUGGUGCUUGUGAGAAACAUGGUGGAGCCCUCAAUCCAAGUUGGGCCAUUGGUGGAGAGCACGAGGGUCAGAAUUCUGUACAUAAACUUCUAAAAGUCUGCAAGGAACUAAUUCCUUUCCACGACCCGUAUAUUUACACCAUCAAGGCUGAGGAAACAAAGUCAGUGGCGAAUUAUAAAACCUUGGCGUUUCCAGAUUAUUGGGGUCACGUACCACCACACUCCAAAGAGCCACUGUUGGGUCGGUGGUGCGGAGGUCAAAGGGCUAAAAUCUUUGAAGAUAUUCAGCGUUUAGUCUGCUCUGGGGAUGUCCUGAACAGGGUCAUAUUGGACAUUGAAAGCCCUUCAUUGGUCGCACCAGGAGAUGACUUUUCCCUGAAAUUCUUUUCAAACUUUGAGUCGGGAAAUCUUCGAAAAGCUAUUCAAAUUCGCAAGUAUGAAUAUGACCUGUUAAUGAAUGCUGACAUCAACACAACCCUUCAGCAGCAGUGGUUCUACUUUGAAAUCAGUAGCAUGAGAGCUGGCAUCUCGUAUCGAUUCAAUAUUAUUAACUGUGAGAAGACAAAUAGCCAGUUCAACUACGGGAUGCAGCCAGUGUUGUACUCAGUCCACGAGGCAUUGUGUGGAAGAGCUCAGUGGGUCCGAGCAGGCACUGAUAUCGCCUAUUACAGAAAUCAUUAUUUCACUCGAGGAGCAGAGGGUAAAGGAGGAAAAGAGACAGCGUUUUACACUUUGACGUUCAACAUCACGUUCCCGCAUUCAAAGGAUGUCUGCUAUCUGGCAUACCACUACCCGUACACCUACUCAACGCUAAUGACUCACCUGUACCUGCUGGAACAGUCGAUCAAUAGUGAUCAAGUUUACUUCAGGCACCAAGUGUUGUGUUCCACGUUGGGCGGUAACGACUGCCCAGUUAUCACCAUUACCGCAACCCCUGGCACCCAACCUGAACAGCUGCAACAAUUUUGGAAUCGCCAGUACAUAGUCCUGACAGGGCGAGUCCAUCCGGGGGAAAGCAAUGCCAGUUGGGUCAUGAAAGGGACCCUGGAAUUUCUCAUCAGUAACAACCCCAUUGCUCGCUGCCUGCGUGACGCUUACAUCUUCAAAAUCAUUCCCAUGCUGAACCCAGACGGGGUCAUCAAUGGCUGCUGCCGCUGUUCUUUGAGCGGAGAAGAUCUGAACAGACAGUGGUCAGAGCCAACUCCUGACCUCCAGCCAACUAUUUAUCACACAAAGGGACUCCUGAGUUACAUGAAAGAGCAUUGGCAAAACCCCGCUGGGGAGUGUCCUGUUUACUGUGACUACCAUGGACAUUCAAGGAAGAAGAAUUCAUUCAUGUAUGGAUGCAGUGUGAAGGAGACUCUGUGGCAAUCUGAGUCCAGUAUUGACACAGCAACUCUGAAGGAAGACAUUGGCUAUCGAGCCAUUCCCAGAAUUCUGGAGAAGAUUUGCCCGACGUUCGCCAUCAAUCGUUGCUGUUUCUUGGUGCAGAAAUCACGGGUCACGGCUCGGGUGGUGGUGUGGAGAGAAUCGGCGUUCUCUCGCAGUUACACCAUGGAGAGCACCUACUGCGGCUGUGAUCAGGGGCCGGUACAAUACCUCUAUUACAACACAGUCUGCUGUGCUUCAAGUUCUAGCCUGCCCAACCGCUCCUUGCAGAUCUGGGCCUGA